ACAGGAAUCAGCAUUUGUUCUUUCAGGUCUGGCAGCAGGAAAGAGCGCAGGAGGUGGAGUCCGUUGAGUUUGAAAAGAGAACUGAAAGGUGACACUUAAGUUGGAGAUGGGCGGUGGAGAAAGGUUCAACAUUCCAUCUAGCCAGCCCAGAAAUGCUACCAAGAGCCAUCAACAACUGAACAACAGGAAAAAAAGCAAAGAUCAAAAUUCCCAGAUGAAGAAGAUCCACAAAAAGGAGAGGGGACAUGGGUGCACUCCAUCCUCUGCGGCAUGGCAGGCCAUGCAAAAUGGGGGAAAGAACACAAUACAUUUCCCAACCAACCAGACUUGGAAUCCAGCUUUAUCCCACUCAUUCUUCAUACCUCAAAGCAAUCAGAACUACGCUGGAGCGAAAUUCAGUGAGCCACCGUCUCCAAGUGUUCUCCCCAAGCCGCCAAGCCACUGGGUAUCUGUUUCACUUAAUCCCGCUGACAAAGAAAUCAUGACUUUUCAACUUAAGACCUUGCUUAAAGUUCAAGCUUGAGGUACCACAUUAACUGUACAUUGGGAAAAAUGGCACACUUAGUUUUGUAUUGCACAGAAUGUAUCCAGUAGUAGUUUCCAAAAUCAAUACAGAGACACAUCUAAUAGAAAUAGGUUAACUGUGUUAGUAGGUGGUUGAAUUAUGGAUGGGAAGAGCACUUCCCAUUGACUCUUUUGGUCAGUGUAUGUGUGUGUGUGUGCUCAUUCAGCAUAGUUUCCAGUUCUCUUUGCUACUGCUGCACUGUCGCAAAUGAGUAGGUAGUCAGAACGUGUCAGGCCAUGAUCUUCGGUCUUUUUGACCAUUUAAUUUCAAUUGCUUUUUGUUUUCAGAUUGCUUCAUUGUGCAUGCCUUUUUCAGACUUGAAAUCAGUGCCAGCCAACCAAAUUUCCAGCCAUUGCAGUGCAAUACAGUUGCAAAAUUGGUUUAAUUUGCCCACAUACUGUGAAAUAGUGUAGGCAUUUAAUGUCAAAUUAGUAUCUUUUUUUCUUAGAACAUUUAGGUUUUUUGAAAGUAUGACAUCUAAAAUUGUUAGAGUAUGCUGUCUAGAUUGUAAUGUGCGUGUCUUAGUUUACUAAACAGUGGGUCCUCCAGAUCCAUGAUUUCCAGCAGAUCAUCAUGCUCCAUAUUAGUAAGUGAUGGCGCAUUGCUGCCAUUUAAUAAUAUUGGGUAUGAUCAUCCGCAUUUUUGAUUUCUGUGACAGGUCCUGGAACGGAACCCUUGCAGAUAAGGCAGGCACAUUGUAACCCAUGAUCUCCUCACUUGGAAUGGCAGUUUGGGCAGGCAUCUAUCUACCCAAAACCCUGUGACCAAAAUGUAGAAUACUUACAUUAGGAAAUUUCAGUCUGUAUAACAUUUCUUGAGUAAGAAUAGAAACCUGGGCAUGCAGUUGAUCUCUAAGUUGGUUUUUUUAAAAGCACAUGCCUAGAUAUGUAUUAUAUUGAACACAAGCAACUUUUAUGUGUGUCAAUUUGAAUAACUUUUCUAUUGCCAGGUGACUGCCAAAAGCAUCUUGAGUGUUUUACUUCACAGAGAAUUUCACAGAAGUGUGUUUGAAACACAUUUUGUGUUCUGUAUCAUCUGCUGAAGUGUUGAGGCCAGUCAAAUUGAAGAACAUGUAAUAUAAGCCUGUGUAGCAAAGGUGAAAUCAUCUUUUAGAUAUGGAAGAAAGAGCCAUGUAAAUACAUGUAAAACUUGUAGCAUAUGUAAAUAUAUGCUGGGCUUUCCUGCCAAAAUAAAGUAUUUUUAGUACAAAAUUGCUGAAUGUAAAAAGACCAUGCUUAAGUGCAUGGCAUGAUGGUUUAAAAAAAAAUAAUUUUGUAAAAAAAAAAAAAGAAAAAGCAAAAACUGAAAGCACAUGUUUGUGCCAUUGCACUUAAAGUACCAGCAAAAGUAUAUGCCCAUUUAUAACAGCUGAUAAGAUGGGGUUUAAAGUCAACUGGGUACUGGAAAAGAUGUUUUAAAAAGGUAAAACAAAAAUAAUUUUUUGAAAUUUUAAAGGUGCAUUACUCUGCUUACUUAACAGGAGCAGAACUCUGGAGCUGAACAGUAUCCUUAGGUUUCAGUCAGUACCCUUUAUUUGAACACAGGGUUUUUUUUUAUUAAAGUAAAACUAAUGUUUAGACUGUAGCCAGUACAUCGAUUGCUCUUAUUUUAUUGUAACGUGAAUAAAGGCAAAUGAGUAUUAAGAAACCUCAGUGCCCUGGAUGCCAAGAUUCCAUCUUGUUUUUGUGAAGGCCCGAGACUCCUGUUGGAUUUUAUUAUUUAGGUUUGAAGUAUGAAUUUUAUCUUUGCACUUUUCUUGGCAGUUUCGAAUGAGGUCACUUGAUUGCCUUGUAGAAACUGUUUCUCAGUUUGGUUGUCUUCUAAACUUUAGUGACACCCAACUUUAAAACAUGGUGACAUCUGAAAUGUUUACAGUGCCUAAGUAUAUCAGUGGCCUGAAGACCCUAAAGCUCUUCACAGUGAAUUAGCAAAUGGCAGUACUAAAGGUAAUUUCCAAGGGUAGUCCAUCUCAGGCAUCAUAUCUUAGCUACAUAUAUAUUUGAAUUGUUUUUUGCAGACCGAAUUUUAAAAAGCAUUAACCAAGAAACCAAAUAAAUUGGAUAUUUUGCUCAAAAUUAUUUUGUCCUAUAUCCGAGUUUUUCCUGAUAUUUUAAAAUUGCUAUAUCCCAGAUGUAAUUUCGAUGUUCUAAAUUUUGUAUGCUUAAUGUACUGCUCAAAUAUGAAUUAGAAACAAAAUUUAAAUAAAAAUCCCUAACCUUUUCUCCCCCUAUAA